AUUGCGGUUGGGGCGGAACUUGCGAUGAAGGCGCACAGUGGCUGGAUCCAGGCAAGGAUGCGACGGAACCGGGCCAUCCCCGGGCUGUCAAAAGAGUUCGCCGAGCAUCGAAGUCAGGCACGGCGUGACCUGGCGGGAAAUACCACCGGCCAACAGUCUGCCAGCCAGGCCAUAGCGGAAGAACUUGUGGGCAUUCACGCCGCCGACUUGCAGACAGACAAGUUGACUCGCGGGAAGGCUGCUGUGCGGACGGACCUUGGAACUGUCAUGGAAGUAGACGGGAUCUGGAAUUCUGUCUCCAACGGGCUACUGGAAGUGAAUUACGCCGUGCGCCAUGGGACGGCCGUGAUUUACAGGUCUCUCGAAGGUUUGCAUGAGGAUAUGGCCUCAUUGCGCUCGUGCAUCGACAAGGCCCAGCGAGAAAAUUCGAAAUGUUUCCAACAGGUGUCAUCGAGGCUGCAAGCUUUUGAAGAGUACGUCAGGAGUCAUCACCAGCAACAGGACGGAAAAUCUCUUCAGCGUUCGUUGAAGAAGGCCAGGAUGUGCCUCAUUGAAUUCACGGGAACCGGGGGUGGGGAACCCCAACUGCUUGACCAAGCGAAGGAGAGUUGCAUGGAGAUACUUAUCCGUGAGCCCCACUCGGACAGUUUGCGUGUCCAUUUUUUGGCCGGCUGUAUCGCCAUUGCAGCCAGCUUCACCAAGCACGCCCAGCAAGAGCCGCCGGCCAGGGCCAAGGCAUACGUCUUCGAUGGGGUUUUCCGGAACGUCAUGCUGUCAUUCGAGUCGUUUUGGACCGACCCCUGCGCGGCGCGCACACGCAACGGGAUCUGCGUGGUGGAAUACCUACUGAGCAUCGUGUCGUCGGUCUGCAUGCUCCCACCGGAGGGUCUUCUCCUCCCGCAGCUAGACGACAGACUUGUCAAAGCCUUCGGCGUCCUGUGUUCUUCUGAGCCUUCCAUCCUCGAUCGUUACCCCGAAGUUGGGGGAGCCGCGGUGCGAGCUCUGCUACAAUCCAAGCCCCUGGACGAACUCUGCCGGAUGUCGAAGUCGUUGGGAGUGGACAUUGCGUUGUGCGACAACAGGGCGGAUCUCAUCCAGGGAAUGCUCGAUAAACGAAAAUCCAUACCGGUUGAUGCGGCGAUGGACCAAGUCACCAAGACCAACCAGAGGGAGUCUAGCAGCGACGUGGACAGCAACUCGGACGACGACCCGAUCCAAUCGAUGAAGGCGAUGAAGGCGCAGAUGUGUUGA